AUGUCUCAAGACAUCCUAGCAUUGUUAUCAAAGUUUGCAGCUAACCCUGAUCUCCUCCCACAGUUCCAGGCGUUCCUUGAGGCACAGGGCGCUGCAAAGUCAUCAGUCCCUGAGUCUGGCCCACCCGCGGGCCCAUCAAUCCCCAAUGCAGAAGAGACACAAGGCCAACCAACCACACAUAAUCAGUGCUUGACACCUUGUCACCUCCCCGGCGCUCUAUCAAGGAUCACAAAAACACGCAAAAUCCAUAUCCUUCCCCUUCCGUCAAUACUUCCAUUCGGCAUUCUUACCACUCCAACUCUUGCUCUCUCACUCACAAUCAUGCUUGUUCUCCAGCUUGUUCUCCAGCUCAUUAUCCGGCUUGUUCUCCCACUCGUAAUUGUACUUGGUCUCCGGCUUUUGAUCGCGCCCGGUCUUGCUGUUGUGAUUGUGGUUGCGCCCGCCCCCACUCCCGCUCCCGUUCUUGCUCUCGCUCUUGGACCUGUUCUUGCUCUUGCUCUCGUGUCCGGUCUUCUACUCACGAUUGCACCCCCGCCUGCUCCCGCUCUCGAGAGGGCCCUUAUCAUCACUCCAGCAACCAGCCUACCACUGAGACCGAGAAGCCAAGGGGCUGGGGCAAAGCAGAUUAUUACAAUCAAAUGCCAACAUCUUAUCAGAAAGGAGGCAGGUGCCAAGGUCAUCAAAGCCACUUUCCUCAAGCGCAUGUCCCGCCAGGAGGCACACAAAUUUAUAGUCAAGCAUGGUCACCCUUUCAGACACAAAUACAACAUGUACUUUAAUCCAUACAGAUAUGUGCCCAAGGAUCCAAAGGCGGUUGCGCGCAUACAUCAGCCCCCUGGUGAGUGUGGUGUUGACUGGCAGCUACUCUAUGCAAUGGGUUGCCGCGGAGACCAUGACUUGUAUAACAGCACGCGGGGAAAGAUCCGGGCUGUGGCAAAGGCAUUCGCAUGUAGGAUUGUGGAGCACAGGCAGCUAGAAACAAUAACUUGGGGUGACUUUGGUUCAAGCAAUUGCAAGGAGUUCUAUGAUGGAUGUUAUAAAGCUUGUCCAUGGCUCUUCCAUUUCCGGGGCGAGGCAAACGAUGACUGCUGGGUGGCUCAAUUGGUCAUCCAGCAAUAUUUAGUUCAGGCCAAGGGAUAUGACCCAAAGCAAACAAAACCCAGGGAACAGGACAACAAUCUUUGUCGGAAUGCAUCCAAACUUGCACAUAAGGACGUAAUCCCACCCAAGGACAAGGACCCGUACUAUAUCAAUGUGCCAGAAGGGGGCUACAGCAAUGGGCCCAAGCGGUUGGCGAAAUUCAAGCGCUCUGAUUCACCCUCUUGCGGGCAAUCCUUGUCCACCCAACUGCCUCCCUUGACUUUGUCCUCAAAUCGCCACGCUCGUCGGGCAGACAAGGUUGUUUCGGAGGAAGAAGCUUGCGCUACGGCGUCCAAGUCCAGCGCAUCAACAACGAAGCCUGCAGCACAGCAGGGAAAUAAGCAAAAGGCAAGUGUUGGAGAGCCCGCUGCAAACGCAAAUUCCCCGCCCCUGGCAAGCCCCCCGUCCCUCGACUCCCCCAGAGACCGCCCAUCCCCGUCUCCGCCCCAGGAUAGCCCCCCGUCCCUGUCUCCGCCCCCACCCCGGCAAGCCCCGGUCAAACCCAUGGAGCCCUGCCGAAAGGAGCCGUCAAAGCCUGCCGCCAACCCCAAAGAAACGCGGCAACUGAAGCGCAAGGCCAAAAACAAUCGAGAUGAACCUGCCACAAAGAGGCAGCAGCCAAGCCGCGUCGUGGAGCCAGCCGUGGACAAGGAGGCCGGGGAGCAGGGGCCAUCAAAGCAAAAGAUUCGUCCAAGAAUGCGCCCGAAACGCGAUCCCACCCCCAAACCCGAACCCAAGUCCCAGCUCCCCCCACCCCCACCCCUGCCUCCAAAUCCGCCCCAGCAGCCCCAGCCCCAGCCCCAGCCCCAGCCCAAGGGAGGUAAGGAACAUCCCGAUGGUGGAGACGGUGCCUCAUCCACCAAGCCCUCGGCCCCCAAGCCACGUGAGUCGACGCCUGCUCCCGAUUCACCGCCCACUCCCAAGCAGACCAAGAGAGGGCAAUCCAGGAAUAUACCCAAUGAGGAGAGCCAAGUCGUCAAACCCUCCCUUUUGUUGUUUCAAGCGUCUUCCGACAAUGAGGACAGGUUUGGCGGGCCACUUUGGGGGGAACAUGUUCAGGCCCUUCGAGCUGGAAAGGUCCUGGGAGAAGCAUUGCAGCGCGGCGUGUUGCUCGAGCAUACAUGCGUACUCCCCGAGGCAUUGGGACAAGAGAAACAGGCUAUGCAAGUCAAGUGCAUCCGUAUGUCCCUUGUUUGUGCUCUUGCUAAUUCAACCACUCAACGUAACUUGAUUUUCUUGCAACCCACGCCAACAAACAUCCUCGAGUAUAAGGCAACUAACAAACCAAGGCGCUCACAACGCAAACGUCGGCCUUCAGCUUGUAGGCUUGAAUCAGAUGAAUACAAGGCCUCUGCUUGGCCAUCCACCCCUCCGGCAUUGCAACGCGAGUUUGAUUCGCAACCACAGUCUAGAUCAAAGACAAAGGAACGCAAAUCAGGCAAACAAGGCAACAGACCUGGCCUUAUCAUCCAACCUACCGCUGACCCUGGGCCAACAAGCAACAAAGGCUUGCAGGGCUCGACUUCCGGAGAGGGAUCCGAUGUCGGCAACGCGCAUAUGGCAAGCGCAGAUGCUGGCAAGGCGGCACCCAGCACAAUCAGCAGGGCGGAAGCGGUCCAGAGCGCAUCAAGAAUCCUUGGCAUCGAUGUGUCAAGGUACUCGGCGUCAACGCUUCAAAAAAUCAUUGCUUUGGGUGAAACAAUUUGCCAAGAGACUGGUCCGGUACCCAUGGGAAUUGAGAGGGAAGACCCUCCGCCACUAGAACAAUCGGCCGGACCAGUGGGACUGGAGAGUCAACAAGAGCCAUUUGCCAAAGGAAUUGAUCAUGAUGCAAAGACGGUGCAAGCACCAAGCAAGCAACCUACCACCAGGCCUGGGCAAUCUAUUUUAGACCCACCCAACGAUGAUACUAAUACAGAGUCCAAGCCUAACGCAGAUCACCUCAGACCUGAGCGCUCGGUAUCCCAACACGUUGUCCCCCCUCUGUGUGCCUCCUCUCACUCCUCCCAACAUGCAACACCCGCUUUUCAGCGAACCAUCCACACAUCAAGACCCCAUCUUUCUAGACGUGCAAGUUCUUUGUUGGGAUCAAAUAUAGAGCCCAAAGAGGAAACUGUACGGUCUCUCAAACGCCAGCAAACUACGUUUGCCCCAAUUGCGCGCCGUUUACCAGCUUGCUCUUUAUUUCCAGCUUGCCCUUCAAUAUUGCCCCAUCCUUGUACCCAAUAUCAGCCCAGACAAUCAGCUCCUCAGCCUACCAGCCCCCCCACGCGGCACUGCGCUUCUCCGUCCCCUACACCCCAGGGACCCGGGUUGCCCCUACAAGAUCCACCGACAACAUCCAACAUUGGUGCUUUACUUGCUUGGGCAGCGCGCGUUGCCAAGCAAGCCAGUAACUCUCGCUGCAUGAACGAGGCUGGAAGAACUGAUACCUACCGGCAACUUGCCACAGUCUUGGGUGACCUCCAACGGUCACACCAAGUGCCCUCGGAGGCAGGUUCUUCCUUGCAUAGCCAGCAAGCUGGAGCUGCAAAGAACAAUGCUGCCACCCUUGAGGCCGAGGCAGCACUCAUUUUUGGCAAGCAAAGCUCUUGUAAGAGAGCUACGCUCCGUGACUACCCCAGCCUUAUAAGCCAUAUUGCAGCGUUGUCAAUUCCUGAGCUGGUUGCAACAGCAAUCACAAAAGGUGCGUACGGUACGCAUGAAAUUCUGGCUGGUAUGACCGCGAAGGUAUAUACCGGUCAAUGGGCACGCAAACUGCCCAACCUACGUUUGCAGAAGCCACCAGCAUCCUUGGUGUCACUUCUUGUCCAUCGUAUUUCAUGGGCCCGCUGUCAGGCUAAGGUCCGCAUUUGUCCACAUAUACCUUCCAACUACGGUUUCAUCAACCCACCGCGUGAUCCUGAGGACGUGAAAUAUAACCAAAAACUUGCAAAGGCCCUUCUGCCUAAUGCAUUUCACUGUUGCGAUCUUAAGACUGACAUCCAUCCAUAUGAGCAUCCGGCUCUGUCAUAUUGUAUUGCGGCCGCCUUUUUCUGGGCGGCCAACUCGGUUGGCAUGGUAUUUCACAAAUUAUUCUAUCCAGUACCUAUCCCUACCGUUGCCAUGGCGCUCACCAGGAUACAACAUGGCAUUUCCGAGUGGAUCACCGGGCAAUAUGUGUCAAAGUCACUUAACCUUGAGAAGCAACGUAAGAUUUACAAGGCACACCUGGCGGGACUGACAAAUUUUGGUAAAGACGACCCAGAUUGGCUGCAUAACAUGCAGAUCAAUUGGUUUUGGUAUGCUGUGGAUUAUGCUGGGGGCUCCCUUGAAGACAAGGAGCCAGUUCAGCCAGUGACAUGGGCCAACCAGGCCAGUACGGAUGGAUCUGAUUGCGAGGCUGAUAACAAGAGCGGUGACUGGUACAACGAUUGA